AUGAUUAUGAGAAGCACUUGUCUUCUACACUCGGAGCUCUAUGGUCUUCCCCUCACUACAUUUCCGAAGAAUGGUCUACCCACUUCAUUGCAGUCACUUUGUAUUGAUAAUUGUGAGAAGUUAGCAUUCAUGCCUCCUGAAACGUGGAGCAGAUACACAUCGCUUGAGAGUCUUAUUUUAUGGAGUAGCUGUGAUGCACUUACAUCCUUCCAACUUGAUGGUUUCCCUGCACUCCGAAUACUUUACAUUUGUUUUUGUAGGAGUAUGGAUUCGGUUUUUAUUUCAGAAAGUCCUCCACGUCGGUCAUCAAGCCUCCGAUCACUUAAAAUCAAAUCCCAUGAUUCAAUUGGAUUGCUUAAAGUCAAGCUUCGGAUGGACACGCUCACUGCUCUUGAACAAUUGACUCUAGAUUGUCCCGAGUUGUUAUUUUGUGAAGGAAUUUGUCUACCUCCCAAAUUACAAUCAAUUGUGAUAUCUUUCCAAAGAGCAACGCCGCCUGUAACAGAAUGGGGUCUCCAAGGCCUGACCGCUCUUUCAAGAUUGAGAAUUGGAAGCGAUGAUGGUAUAUUUAACGUUUUCGUGACAGAGUAUCUUUCACAGUUGAGAAUACAAAUGGGUGAUAAUAUAGUUAACACCUUGAUGAAUCGGUAUAUCUCAAGAUUGACAGUUGGAACGGUUGAUGAUAUAGUUAACACCGUGCUGAACGAGUCAUUGCUUCCCAUCUCCCUUGUGUCUCUAUCUAUUGGUCAUCUCUCUGAAAUAAAGUCAUUUGAAGGAAAUGGACUUCGACACCUCUCCUCUCUCAAAAAUCUUCACUUUCUUAAUUGCUUGGAGCUUGAGUCAUUGCCAGAAAAUUGCCUCCCUUCCUCGCUGAAGUCACUUCAAUUUUCGAGUUGUGUAAGACUUGAGUCAUUACCAGAAGACAGCCUCCCUUCCUCUCUUAAACUACUCACUAUCGAGUUUUGCCCAUUGUUAGAAGAAAGGUAUAAAAGGAAGGAAAAUUGGUCCAAAAUUUCUCACAUCCCUGUCAUAAUAAUAAACAAGCAAGUUACAAUAUGA